GGGGCCACAAGGAUCUGAGAGAUUGAUGGGUUGACAGGGGAGAGGGCAGUUGUAGGAGGUAGUGGACCCAGCCCCAGGAAACCCAGCUCAUACGUUGGUGGUUCUUAACACGCUUGUGACAUUUUACCUUGUCAGUCCUUAUUUUUGUUUUAAUUUUUCCCUCAUUCAUCAUUAAGCAGAAGGGGCAGCAGAGGAAGGAAUAAUAAGUAAAGCAAAGUGGACUAGAGACUUCGUAUGUUCACAUUUGGCCUCUGUGCCCCGCCAGCUGUGCAGGACUGGAUCUAAACGUGGCAAAGAGGGAACCUCCAGAAAACAAGAAGACAUAAGUGUCCCACUUUUAGGAGCCACUCCACCCCCCUCGAAGCCCGUGGAAAGUGGGCAGCCCCGAGCAGGCCUCGCAGUUGCUCAAGAUGGCCGCCUUCAAACGGAGCCGCCGGCAGGCCUGGCCAGAAGAGGAGGGCGACCGGGAGCACGGGCUCUAUAGCUUGCACCGCAUGUUUGACAUUGUGGGUACCCACCUGACCCACCGCGACGUCCGGGUCUUGUCCUUCCUCUUUGUGGACGUCAUUGACGACUACGAAAGGGGGAUGAUCCGCAGUGGGCGGGACUUCCUCCUGGCGCUGGAGAGGCAGGGCCGCUGCGACGAAACCAACUUCCGCCAGGUGCUUCAGCUUCUGCGGAUCAUCACCCGCCACGACCUGUUACCCUAUGUCACUUUAAAGAGGAGGAAGGCCGUGUGCCCGGAUCUUGUAGACAAGUACCUAGAAGAGACUUCCAUUCGUUACGUGACGCCGCGUGCCCACAGCAGCGCAGAGCACGUUCCUUCCCACCAACACAAAUCUGUGCCUCCCCACCACCCGCUGGUCUGCUGCUCCUCUUCAGGCCCCCAGAUCUGCACCAAGAGACCUGGCCGGGGACGAGCCCUCCUUGGGAGCCAGCGGAAAAGGAGGAAGUCGGUGACGCCAGACCCGAAAGACAAACAGACGUGCGACAUCCGCCUGCGAGUCCGAGCGGAGUACUGCCAGCACGAAACGGCCUUGGAGGGGAACGUCUUCUCCAACAAGCAGGACCCCCUGGAGCGCCAGUUUGAGCGCUUUAGCCAGGCCAACACCAUCUUGAAAUCCCGGGACCUGGGCUCCAUCAUCUGUGACAUAAAGUUUUCGGAGCUCACUUACCUCGACGCUUUCUGGCGCGACUACAUCAACGGCUCGCUACUGGAGGCCCUCAAGGGGGUCUUCAUCACAGACUCGCUCAAGCAAGCGGUGGGUCACGAGGCCAUCAAGCUCCUGGUCAACGUGGACGAAGAGGAUUACGAGGUGGGCCGUCAGAAACUCCUGAGGAACUUGAUGCUCCAGACGGCACCUUGAACCUCGGUUGCUGUUAUUCCCCCCCACCCUGUCCUCUGCCUCUCCUUUGGAUGAUUUUUUUCCGGGUUUUUUUUCUCUCUCUCAAGAAAAGGAAAAAAAAAUCUUAAAAGGAAUGAAACCUCAAGCUCCCUGCCAUGUACUGAGUAACUGUAAGGUCUGUUUCUACACGAGGAUGAGCGCUGUGGUUGGUUUUUUCUUUUUCCCCCAGUUGGGAACCAAAACAGGAGAUGGAAAUUCCUGGGCUCCUCCCUGCCUGCAAGGGAGAUGCGGGGGCCCUUUCCCUGCAGGCCAGCUGAGCAUCUUCGCUCAUUGACCGAUGCUCCUCUGGUCUCUCGUCUUUUCUUAACCACAUUCUCUCUUGUGCUGUCUACUUCUCUCCUGGGUUUUUUUUGUUUUUGUUUUAUUUUUGGUACUGUCUCUCCAAAACAUUAGACUGUCCUGUGGUGUGCCAUUGCCCAGAAAGGUCUAAGCAGGUGUGGCGAGGUCCAGAAGGCGAGACUUCCACUCUUUAUAUUAAAAAUAAGAAGCAAACCUGAACGUGGCUCUUCUUGUGCCAGGAACAUCUUAA